GCUGAUUGUGUAGUUUGUUUUCUUGCUUGUGUGCUCGCUGCUGCUGCCGAUGGUGGAUUUUAGUAUUUUAUUCACAUUGAAUUGCAGUUAUUUAAAGUGAAAUGUUAAUUAAAAUACAGUUUAUUGUUUAAAGUGAAGUAUAAAAGUGGAGUAUGUUAAGAAAAGUUCCGUCAAUUGUGAUACUAGGCUCCACUGGUACGGGGAAAACAAAGUUGUCACUGGAAUUGGCACAACGUUUCGGCGGCGAAAUAAUCAGCGCUGAUUCGAUGCAGGUGUACGCUAAUCUGGACAUAGCUACUGCCAAAGCUACGAAGGAAGAACAGUCUCGAGCUAAGCAUCAUCUUUUAGAUGUAGCCACCCCCAAUGAACCAUUCACAGUGGUGCACUUUCGUAAUGCUGCGUUGCCAAUUGUAUCCUUUUUGAAAAGCCUU